AUGGCCGCCGCACAAUAUCAAUCGUGCCACCUUUGCACACUGGCUGUCGGUCAGUUGGUCGAAGGAAAAGCACCAGAUGGUCUUGUCUACCACACCGAAAAUCAUCAACUGUUCCGUACAUGCGGUAUCAAAUCACAAACGGACAUAAUCUACCGCAAAGGAGCAACGGCUUUCCUAGUCGAAGUCGAUGAGCAUGUCCCAAUCUUGCGAGUAGGCAAGGCUUUUGAAUCUGGUACAGGUGCUCCUGGCAGAGAUUGA